CUCAACAACCAGACUUUCACGCCUUUUGCACUCAAAAACAAAGAGACCGUCUCUUCCACCAGCUCCAUAUUCACUCUGUCGCAACCGCAUAUACCGAAUGGCUCCUUUGACGAUUGGUGGAAAAAGGGUGUCUGGAGCAUAGAGAUCAAACAACCUCAGCUCCAGAUAGCAAGAGCAUAUACCCCUUUGCCUCCACUCGAUGGCUCAGACCCCGACGCUUUGCGCCUGUUGGUACGCCGAGAGAAGAGAGGAGAGGUAUCGGGAUACUUGCAUAGAAGACCUCUAGGCUCUGAUGUCGAGAUCAGAGGUCCUGCUGUCGAGUACGAGCUGCCAGACCAUGUCGACCAAGUCGUCUUCUUAGCCGGAGGCACUGGUGUGGCACCUGCCAUCCAGAUAGCACAUGCUCUGGGGGACAAGGCUCGCAUUGCUGUGCUAUGGGCAAACAGAGCAAGAGAGGAUUGUCAAGGUGGCCAGAGUGAUGAUCCAGUCACACCGGGUUGGUAUGCCACCUUCAGCAACCUCUUUUCGAACACUCAGCACCCCAAUCAGGCUACCACUGCUGAGAAGAGCUUGAUCGUGAAACAACUCGAUGUACUCAAGCAAAACAAUAAAGGACUCACCGUCGACUACUUUGUCGACGAAGAGAGCACCUACAUCCAACCUCAGAGCGUGCGCAAGGCUGUCGCUCGACCCUCAGACCAAGUGGUGAUUCCUGGUCAAGGCAAAAAGAUCAUCCUUGUAUCAGGACCCGAGGGGUUCAUCAACUACUGGGCUGGACCCAAGCAGUGGUUGAACGGUCGCGAAGUCCAAGGCCCACUGGGUGGUGCACUUGCACACAUGGAUCUCACAGACUGGCAAGUCGUCAAGCUAUAA